AUGGAAACAAGUACAUACACUCCCCUUUUAUUAUUAGAAACUGAGAUGGAGCCGGAUGGUAUUUUCAACUACUCAACUGACUGUAUUGCGGUUUCCUUUUACCAUCUUCAAAACGAGCGGAAGUCGGGGAACCUUCACACUUACAAAUUCAAUCGCGCGACAAAUCGAUUAGAAUUAAUCAAAGCGAGUCGCACACCCGCUAUCCACAAUUUAGGGUUUGUGACUGUUUCCGACACAAAGUUCAUCACGGCGUGUACUGCUAACUCGAAGGUGCUCUUUUUCACGCCUACUGACGAUAUUAAAGAAGUGAACUGUGCGAUCAUCCCUGACGAGUGCGAAGUCCUAUCCACUUCGGUUGGUGGUGAGACACUUGUCGCUUCGCGCAACGAUGGGUUCAUAUCAUAUUGGAGACUUUUUAGAAACGGUCGGUGGAAGCCAGUCAAAGAGGUCAAAAGUCACGAUGCGGAGAUAUGGACUGUUGCGAUGAAGCCUGAUGGUAAAUUACUCUUGUCUGGGAGUGACGACACUUACUGCAAAGGAUGGGUAGAUGAAGAGGUUGUAUUUAAAAUUCGAGAAGACGCUGGAGUCACUGAUUUGGUGUGGAGAGAAAAUGGGAAUUUUCUGUUGGGGUGUUAUGACGGGACUGUUGCGGAGUUUGACUUGAGAAAUACAAAACAAAGUAUAUGGAGCGGAAGAGUAGAUGGUGGGGCUGGAUGGAGAAUGAGUGAUUACAAAAACAGAAUUGUUGUUGCUGGAGCAUGUGGAGGUGUUGCUGAGUUCAAAAUGAAAGAGAAUGGAAUGUUUGAGAAAACGUUCCAAGAGUAUAAGCCGCAUGACAGUAUGGUUUAUGGAGCUGAUAGACUCGGAGAGGAUUUAAUCACGUGUAGUUUCUAUGAUAAGAAAAUUGUCAUGUGGAAGAAACAGGAAGAAAAGAAAGAAGAGAUUUGUUGA